CCAACCUCAAUGGAGUGUUGUCAUAUCUAGUGACGGUAAAAAAAGAUUAAGUCGCGAAGAACGCUAAAGUUGCCGAAGAAAACUGAUUAUUUACAUUCGCUUGAAAAUGGAUUCAUCAGCCGAACAAAGCUUUGUCGGAAAGGGAAAAUCGCGACCACUGAAGGACCGAGUGCUCAGUGCCGGGCAUAGGUUCCUGCUCUGGUUGACCCGAUGGAUUCUUAGACUCAUUUAUGGAGAACGUGGACAGAUAGUGUCACCGAUACGGAACGAGAUUCUGCUGCAAUCUGCCACGUCACUGGCGUCGAAAAUUCGUACCAAAAAGCUAACCAGUGUCAGCGUCGUGCAGGCAUUCAUUGAUCGUAGCAAAGAAAUCAAUCCAUUGUUGAACAUCAUCGUUGACGAACGUUAUGAGGCUGCUUUGAAGGAUGCCGAAGUAGCCGACGAAUCAAUUGCCUCUGGCAUCCUCACCGAGCAACAGCUAGCGGAACAAAAACCGUUCCUAGGGGUGCCGAUUUCGACGAAAGAUUGUAUCAAAGUUAAAGAUCUUUUACAUACGACGGGUCUCUGGGCACGUAGAUCAACACGAGCGGACAAGGACGCCCGUGCAAUGGAGCUUAUGAGAAAUGCUGGAGCAAUUCCAUUCGCGCUAACGAACGUCUCGGAAAUCUGUAUGUGGUGGGAAAGCGUCAACACGAUUUUCGGCCGUUCACGGAAUCCUUACGACACAAACCGAAUUGUGGGUGGCUCAAGUGGUGGUGAAGGUGCUAUCCAAGCAGCUGCAGGCUCCCCGUUUGGAUUGGGCUCGGAUAUUGGGGGGUCCAUUAGAAUGCCAGCGUUUUUCAAUGGAAUUUUCGGCCAUAAGCCGUCGAGAAAUAUUGUUUCGAAUGACGGGCAGUACCCCGAUAUAGUAACUGAGGAGGCCGACAGGUUUUUGACUAUUGGUCCAAUGUGUCGCUAUGCGGAGGAUUUGAAACCCAUGUUGAGGAUCAUCGCAGAUAAAAAUGCCGCAAAACUACGGCUGGACGACCCGGUAGAUAUGAAGCAGGUUAAAUUCUUCUACCAACUAGACGAUGGCGGCGGUAGUCUGGUAUCUCCAGUGGACCAAGACAUAAAAGAUGGGAUUGAAAAAGUGAUGACUUAUUUCCGUUCAACAAUCAAGGCGACUGUUAAGAAAGUACAGUUGGAUAAACUUCAGAUGUCAGCUCCGAUUUGGUUCGGUAACCUAAAAGAAAAAGAUGAAAUCACGCUCGACGUCCAGAUGGCCAACAUGGAGGGAAAAAUAAAUCCACACGCUGAGCUAUUCAAAUGGUUCUUCGGGAAAUCAAAGCAUACCUUCGCAGUGAUUAUGGCUACCGUGACCGAUAAAAGCGGUGUUCAAUAUGGAACACCGGAGUAUAAUGAGCUAGUCAAGCUACGCAAUGAGCUUCUAGUGGAAUUUACCGAGCUACUCGGUGACAACGGAGUAUUCAUCUAUCCAACCCAUCCAACGGUUGCUCCAUACCACAACGAACCACUGGUUCGUACGUUAAACUUUAGUUAUACCGCCGUAAUAAAUGCACUGGGAUUGCCUUCAACUUCAGUUCCAUUAGGACUAGGUCCAGAAGAACUCCCGAUUGGAUUGCAAGUCAUUGGAAAUUUAAAUCAAGAUCGACUUUGCUUAGCGGUGGCAUCUGAAUUGGAGCGUGCCUUCGGUGGAUGGGUUUCACCUAAUGCAUGAGGCAAGUCAGCUCUAUAUGAUCAUUGCUCUAAGUGAAUAACAUUACUAGUAAGGCGAGUUCCAAAUCUAAAAUAAUCUAAAUGCAACACAUAAAAACAAAACUUUGGUUGGAACAACAUCGGUGUAUUUGUUAAAUAAAUAUUACGCUCUAAAAUAUAAAUAAUUUUGUGUA